GGUUUGAGUCGUCCUUAACCGUGGUGGGCUUUCUCACUUAUUAUGCAAGCUGAGAGAGGGCAGGGUUUUGAGAGGGCUUAACGACGCCGUUCCUUAGAGCAGCCCGCCCGGAACUAACUCUUCUCCGCCGCCGUGGCCAACGAAAUUAUGGGAAAGAAGAAUAAGUCUUCGAAAAGGAAAACCAGAGAGAGCGAAGCAGACACUGAGGUUUUGUCUCAUAAGAGUCUUGGAGAGAAAGAUGGGGUUGAUGUGAUGGAUGACUUGAGUGAACCAACCAUGGGUGAAAAACUUGCAAGCCUGAAAUUGGAAGGAGAUGACAAAGCUUCUAAUGAUAAUAAUGUCGACUCUUCUCUUGCAAAGCCACCCAGUGCGGACUCAGUUUAUAUCUUACUUAAGCAAGCACUCCGAGCCGAUGACCGAGCACUUCUUAUAACUUGCUUAUACAGACAAGAUGCGAAGGUGAUUACAAAUUCACUAUCGCGGUUGAAUCCUUCAGAUGUUCUCAAGUUUUUACAGUCUCUCGUAUCAAUAAUCCAAUUGAGGGGUGCUGUGCUGGCUUGUGCUCUUUCAUGGCUCAGAAGUUUGCUUCUUCUGCAUGCAAGCAGUAUAAUGUCUCAGGAAUCUUCUUUGGCUGCGCUGAACUCUUUAUAUCAGCUCAUAGAAUCUAGAGUAUCGACUUUCAACAAUGCCCUCCAACUAGCCAGUUGCUUGGACUUGCUUUAUGCAGAGGCUAUUGAUGAUGGAGUGGAGGAGAAUACAGCGAUAACACCCGUUAUAUACGAGGAUGAGGAUGAAAGUGAUGAUGAGGGAUCUGAAGACUCUAUGGAAGUUGAAAAUGUUGAAGAUGGCGAAGAGCCUCAAGCCUAUACUGAUAUCAGUGAUAAUGAAGGAAAUGGUGAAAUUAGCGACUGAAUUGAAUAUUAUACUCGGGCUACAGAAAGUGUAGAAAAGUAUGGAGUCUCCUUUUUGUUCCAUCCUUGUUAUAAUUAUCCUUCUUUUUUGUCUCUGUUUGGCCUUUUAUUUCUCUAAUCCCCAAGCUCCGUUUUUCCCAUAAUUCCUAUAGAACGAAAUUCAGUAGUGUCAAGAAAAGAAACCUUUUCUCAUAUUCGGAAUUUUUAUAGUUGUUUUUACGUCUUUUGGCUGUUGAAACAGUAGCAGUGGGCGAGUUGAAAUGCGUUAUCA